GAAGAGGAGAGAGAAGAUGCAACGACACAGUUCCUGUGGCAAUACGGAGUUUGUAUGUAUGUCGCCCUUUUUGAAUUUCAGACGCGCUACCGUUGAUAUCAGCACGCCUUGUUUCCAUGCCGAUAUCUUUUUCCUCCCCCAUUUGCUCCCAUCCAUUUUCUUCUUCCCGCAAUCUCUUCUUUUCCACUCAUAUUUGUCCUCUUCCUUUCCAGUAGUCAAAUUCUUGAGAACCAACUGUUCAAAUAUAUUUGGGUUUCCACUAACUUUUGCUUCUUGUCCUCCACACUUGAAUCCCACUUACUGAAGAAUCCCAAGCUGCUUUCUUUUUCUUUAUUACUGCGGACCUCAUAAUUAACUAAUCCGAAACCUGCAGGUAAGUCAGAGCUCUUGAUUUCAGCAAUGUGCUCCCUGAAAUAUUACCCAGUCAAGCAGUAAAUGUUUUUUAUCUGGGAUUUCUCAAUGAAAGAUCACAGCUUUUUGACGGGAUUUGUGUAGCUAUAUACACUAUACUUUAGCGAGUUUGUUUUCGUAGGAGAAUGGAAGCUCAUUGUGAAUAUUUAAUAAAAUACUCCGUAUAUGUUUCUUUAAAUGUCAGUGGUAAAGUUUAAUUAUUUUGCCGAUCAGAGAUUGUCGAGCUGAUAAUGAAAAAGGAAAAGGACAUUAUACCAUUUACCACUACUUCAUGGAGACAAUAACUGCUACUGCAAUGCCCUAUCCGAGAGAGCCUGCUAAUUAUGAAGAGGUAGCAAUGCAGCAAAGUGUCCUGUUUGCUGACAGCCUUAAGGACUUGAAGGAUCUCAGAAAGCAGCUGUACUCUGCAGCUGAGUACUUUGAGUCAACCUACUUCAAUGAUAAUGAAAAAGAAACAGUUGUAAAUACAUUGAAAGAUUAUGCCAUAAAAGCGCUUUUGAACACUGUGGAUCAUUUGGGCUCUAUGACAAAUAAGGUUAAUGAUCUUUUAGUUGAAAAAGUAGAUAAAGUUUCCGAAACCGAACUUCGUAUGUCUUGCAUUAAGCAGAGAUUAAGGUCAUGCCAGGAGCAUAUAGAUCACGAGGGUCUUUCACAGCAACAGUUACAGAUAAACACUCCCAAGCACCAUAGAAGGUACAUCUUCCCAGUUGGUGGAGCUCUGCGUGGUCUUGAUGCUGAAGAUGACUGGUCUCAGUUUCGAAAUGCUGUUCGAGCAACAAUCACAGAAACCCCCCCUGCAGUUGGAAAUGGGAGCUCUUCAACUCCUACUCCAAGACUUACUCAAGAAUCUCGCGAUCUCUCAUUGUUAAAGACCGAGUCUAAACGAGAUUUAGGAUCAGAGAAGCGGACAGUGUCGCCACACCGAUUUCCGCUUUUGCGAACAGCAUCCCUUGCCAGAAGGUCCACCACACCUAAAAGAUCUCACUCAACAACCCCAAAGAGCUCCCAGCCAACCACCCCAAACUCAAGCCAACCAACCACUCCAAACCCUAGACGGCUGUAUCCUUCAGAGCCUCUGAAAUCAGCUUCAAUGCGGCUCCACACAGACAGGGAAACACACCGAGAUCCUCAAGAUCAGCAACCCACCGGUAAAAGCAAGCGUCUUCUUAAAGCUUUGCUCAGCAGGCGUAAGUCAAAGAAAGAUGAAACACUAUAUACCUACAUAGAUGAGUAUUAAUGUUCAUAGUUCCUCACCCCAGUUUUGCAUGAUUUUCGCAGCAGUAUUCGUUAUAUUUACUGGAGUACUUUAUUCCCCAAAUUGCGCAAAAGCAAUGUUACUUGUUCUUGAUAAGUUGAUACAACUCUUAUAUGAGACUACAUAUGAGAUACUACUUUUGUCCAAAUUUAAUGGUAACAUUUGUUUGGGCUUGUAGAUUAUGAAAGUAAUACGGAGUAUCAUUUCCUAAUUUCUAUUCUAGCAAUGAUAUUCGGUCAUUGCCAAAAAAAGGAGUAUACUCGGUCAUACUUGUAGAUUAUGAAAGUGACUUGUAUGAUCGUUUACCUUAUUUCUACUUUAUUACUACUAUAUAAUUUGGGCAAUGGAUACUUAUUUAUCAUAUUGUAAAUGAAUGA